UGUGAAGCGAGACUUACGAUACCACGGAGUCUCAGUUGUUUCCAAGGGUCUGACCUUGACUUCGCCAAGAUAGGGCAACCAUACAACGGUACCGGGAACACUCCCGAUAUCUCAGCCUACGAGCUGCUUGAGUUAGAUUCGACAUGCGGGACAGGCCUCCUAGGUUCCGUUAACCAGCACUCGCCACAUUUGUACGAGUUUGAUCCCUUCGAGACUUUGAAAAAGGGGACGCAGCCGCAAGGACCCGGCGGCGUGGGCGGCAUAACAUUCAACUUCGAGGAAGAAGUCCUGGGUACCAACAACGAGGUAUCUUUUGAUCUGCAGUCGCUUAUAGAGGACACCUGUAGUGGUUUUCCAUCCGACGAUCAGUUAUUAAGCGAUAUCCUAGGCGACUGCAAGCCAAACCUAACUGCGGUCUCGACGACCGGCGGAGCAUUUGUGCAAGCUCUCUCCCCCAGCGCAGGCAGUACAGCAAGUAACCACAGCAACAUUUCGGAGUCUAUGCCUCAACCGACUGAUUUGGAGACUCUAACUUCGUGGGUGGUGAAGCAGGAGGGGUCACCACCUCCCUGCGAAGUUUCUACAGCCACGAACACUAGAACCAAGGUUCCCGUGACUGUGACAGAAGCCGAUCUUCCUACCAGUCCCACGAAUCGCCUCAAGGCUCGCCCACCGGGCAGAGGGAAGAAGAGGGUGUACGAGAAAAACUCAGAGGAAUACCGGCAGCGCAGAGAACGCAAUAACGUCGCAGUGAGAAAAAGUCGCGACAAAGCAAAACUAAAACAAAUAGAAACUGAGUGCAAAGUCAAAGAACUGAGUGAUCAGAAUCAAACUCUUCAGAAGAAAUUAGACUUACUGACUAAAGAACUCAAUGUCCUUAAGGGACUAUUCAUCAACACAGGGGCCACGAUCCCAAAUGAAUAUAAAGACUUGCUUAAAGACUUGUGUAGGUAACCCAGGUAUAUUCGGUGUAGCACACCAGGAUUUAUUACAAUGUACAGACAUUACCAGGAGUGAUGGUGAUAAUAAUGUAGACUUUUUAAAAACUGAAUUUGUCCUCGAAUCGACAGAUGAAAAUAUGCAGCUUACACCAUGUGUACAUAGAACUGAUGUACAGAGAACUGUUCAUGGUUUUGUAGACUCUGACUUUAGUGUAGAAAAUAGUGAUAACUGUUCAAAGUGUAUGAAUGUGCCACAGUGUUUGUCGGAGACAAACUAUAUAGAAAACUACGUUAGUUUAGCUGACUGUAAUUGUUGUACAUAUUUGUUACACAGAGUAGCACCAAGUGUAUGGAAGUAUAUGAACUUUUUGAAAACGGAUGUUAGUAUAUCAAAAUGGGACCUCAGUAAAAACAAUAUAUGAAGUAUUUCUAACAUAAA